UUCCUAACAAGGACGAAAUUGCAAUUGUUUGUGGUUGAGAACGAUGUAAUUCUUGGGUUUGUAUAGCUAGAAGGCGUACAGUUGAUGUUUGCAACCACAGCCACAAUGGCCGGAGCACUGCGAGCCCUGAACCUAAAGCCUCCGACUGGCGGAACUCCCUCUUUCAGGCGUCAGAUUCAGCUUCCUCUGGCUACGCGGUCGCCAUUCUCCGGCGAUAAGUUCAACGCAGCGCAUUUUACAUGGAAACUCCGUGCAGUUGCUAGAGUGGGCAGUAUAAGAGCUAGUGCAGAGUACCGUCAGGGAAAUGAUGAUAGGGAAAACCGACUUCCACAAGUUCUGAACUCGAAUUGGAGCACACGAUUGUCGAAGUUUGCGGCUGAUAAUUUUUUACCUUUAGCUCUCGUCUCUGGUGUAGUGUUAGGACUUGCAAAUCCGAGCCUUGGUUGUCUUGCAGAUACAUAUUAUCUAUCAAAAUUUAGCACUUUUGGAAUAUUUAUAAUUUCAGGAUUGACGUUACGCAGUGAUGAAAUUGGAGCAGCUGCUGAAGCAUGGCCAGUUGGACUCUUUGGACUGGCUUCAAUUUUAAUUUUCACUCCCUUCUUUUCAAAAAUCAUUUUGCUGCUCAAGCUCCAGCCACAAGAGUUUGUUACAGGACUUGCUAUAUUUAGCUGUAUGCCUACAACAUUAUCUAGUGGAGUGGCGUUAACUCGGCUUGCUGGAGGGAACUCUGCUCUUGCUCUUGCUAUGACUGUGAUUUCCAAUUUAUUAGGAAUCUUAUUUAUACCAUUUUCUGUCUCAAAAUUCAUAGCUGCUGGAGUUGGUGUAUCGGUCCCAACCGAACGCUUGUUGAGAAGCCUUGUUCUCACACUUUUAGUUCCUCUCAUAUUGGGAAAGGGGUAGCCAGUUUUGCAGAUGGAAAUCGUAAGCUUUUGGCAAUGAUUAGUGCAGUCUUUCUUAGUUUCGUCCCUUGGAUUCAAGUCAGCAGAUCAAGGGCACUUCUUUUAAUGGUGAAGCCAGCAAUUUUUCUUGUGGCUGUCACAAUGGGAGCGUUUCUGCAUGCUGUCCUAUUAGCUUUUAAUGCUUUGGCUAUUCCAAGUCUUUCACUCAUGUCUGGAGGUAGUAAGUCACCUUUUGCCAAGAACGAAAACGCCAGUGCUCUUUUACUUGUUGCCAGCCAGAAAACCUUGCCCGUGAUGGUAGCAGUUGUCGAGCAGCUUGGUGGUGCUUUAGGUGAAUCUGGCUUACUUGUUCUUCCAUGUGUAGCAGCGCAUCUGAACCAGAUUAUCAUUGACUCCUUCCUAGUAAGUCUCUGGAAACAAAAGGAGGGUGAAUUUGGAAAUGCCAAGUCCGCAUAGGCCUUGUUUUAAGAGACACACUGA